UGCAGCAGCGGUCAGUGGGUGAAGGGGGGUAGCCUGGCAAGACGCCUGGCCCGCUAGCUGAGGCGUCUCUGAACCGGCCGACUGCGAAGGCAGCUGAAGAGCACACUUCUAGCUGGGAAUAUCCCGGUGCACAUGAGGACCGAUAAGCUUGGGUACACGAGGGACUCAACAUGAACCGAAUAACGGGGAGGACAGGAGGGGACAGUCUGAUAGAAAUGAGCCCAACAGACUCCUUCAAUGAUGAUCUAAAUGGCUACCAACAACAUGCCUCAUCCAGCUCAGGAUCUCUCCAGCAGGGGCAAUCAGUGAUUGACAAACAGCAGCAGAGUAAAGACUCGGUGUUCUUCCGCGAUGGACUGCGUAGGAUUGAUUUUGUCCUGUCCUAUGUGGACGACAAAGAUGGCGAGAGAAAACAGGAAAAGAGGGAUGUGUAUGAGACAAAUCUUCAGAAAUUCGGCCUGGAGCUGGAGACGGAAGAUAAAACGGAGUCAGACGAUGGAAAGACUUAUUUUGUGAAGAUCCACGCUCCAUGGGAGGUGUUGGCCACCUACGCAGAUGUACUGAAGAUAAAGGUACCGUUCAAGGUCAACGACAUCCCAGACAACAGCGAGAUGCCCAUGAACUGGCUGUCUACCCCUUUCCGUCUGCCGGAGCAGAUCAUGCACCCUGAGCCCGAUUAUUUCACUGCUCCCUUUGACAAGAGCAAGUCGGAUUUCUUCCUGAUCGACAACAAAGAGACGUUCUUCCCCCCUUCUAUUCGCAACAGGAUAGUGUACUACAUCCUAUCUCGCUGUUCUUACAUCAAUGAGGAAUGUGGAGAAAGAGACAAGAAGGGAAUCAAGCGGUUACUGAACAAUGGCACCUACUCCGCUGCCUUCCCCCUGCACGAUUCUAGAUACUGGAAGAAAUCAAGGGAUGCAAACUGUGAAAGUGAGAGAUACGAGCUCUACAGAUACUGGGCUGGAUUCCAGUCGUUCUUUAAGGAGCAGCCCCUCAAUCUUGUAAGGAAGUAUUAUGGGGAGAAGAUCGGUAUUUAUUUCGCUUGGCUGGGUUUCUACACUGAGAUGCUGCUGUUUGCUGCGAUAGUCGGGACAAUUUGUUUCGUCUACGGAUUCCUCACCUACGAUGACAACGAGUGGAGUAAAGAAAUAUGUAGUGACGAGGUUGGAGGCAAUAUUGUCAUGUGUCCGCUCUGCGACAAGAAAUGUGGCUACUGGAAACUUAACUCAACCUGCAACUCCUCAUGGCAAUCACAUCUGUUUGACAACGUGGGAACUGUGUUUUUUGCCAUAUUUAUGGGGAUUUGGGUGACGCUGUUUCUGGAGCUCUGGAAGAGGCGGCAGGCUCGUCUCGAGUAUGAAUGGGAUCUGGUGGACUUUGAGGAGGAGCAGCAGAAGCUGCAGCUUCGCCCAGAGUAUGAGACCAAGUGCACCAACAGCAAGCUGAACCGCAUCACUCAGGAAAUGGAGCCAUACUUACCCUUAACAACCAAGUGUGCACGCACAUUUCUGUCUGGAGCCACCGUCCUGUUCUGGAUCUCAUUGAUCAUUGCCUGCAUCAUUGGGGUGAUAGCAUACCGCUUGGCGGUAUACGCAGCCUUCGCCAGCAUCAUGAAGGACAAUCCAACCACCCACCUGCAGGUGGUCGGCCCCCUCAUCACGCCACAGCUGGCCACCUCCGUCACCGCCUCCUGCAUCAAUUUUGUCAUCAUCAUGAUCCUCAACCUCAUGUAUGAGAGGGUGGCUGUUUGGAUCACUGACAUGGAAAUUCCCAAGACCCACCUGGAGUAUGAGAACAAACUGACGGUGAAGAUGUUCCUCUUCCAGUUUGUGAACUACUACUCCUCCUGCUUCUAUGUGGCUUUCUUUAAGGGCAAGUUUGUUGGCUAUCCCGGAGAUUACGUUUAUAUGUUUGGCAAGUGGAGCAAACUGAGGAAUGAAGAGUGUGACCCUGGUGGCUGUUUGAUUGAGCUGACGACCCAGCUGGUGAUUGUGAUGACGGGUAAACAAGUGUGGGGCAACAUCCAGGAGGCUCUGGUCCCGUGGCUGAUGAACUGGUGGGGCAGCAGAAAGGCACGAAGCCACCCAGAGAGUCUGUACAGCCGCUGGGAGCAGGACCACGACCUGCAGGGCUUUGGACAGCUGGGCCUCUUCCAAGAGUACCUGGAAAUGGUGAUCCAGUUUGGUUUCAUCACCCUGUUUGUGGCCUCCUUCCCCCUGGCACCCCUGUUGGCACUGAUAAACAACAUCAUUGAGGUGAGAGUGGAUGCCUGGAAGCUCACCACUCAAUUCAGACGUCCUGUAGCAGCAAAGGCCCACAGCAUCGGAGCCUGGCAGGAGAUCCUCAAUGGGAUGGCCGUUCUCUCUGUCGUCACAAAUGCGUUCAUCGUGGCCUUCACCUCUGACAUGAUCCCUCGUCUGGUGUACAUGUACGCCUACCACCCAGAUGGGAAGAUGAAUAUGGAAGGCUACAUAAACAACAGCCUGUCGGUGUUUAGUAUCGAUCAGUUCCAGGCGGCCAACAAACCUGACGAGGGGGAGAACCCUCUCUGGUUCAACAGCUCCAUCACUACCUGCAGGUAUCGUGAUUAUCGCUACCCUCCAGGCCAUGAGAAGCAGUACUUCCACACUAUGCAGUUCUGGCAUAUUCUGGCUGCCAAGCUGGCUUUCAUCAUCAUCAUGGAGCAUGUGGUGUUUAUGGUUAAGUUCUUCGUGGCCUGGAUGAUACCUGACAUUCCCUCUGAGGUAAGGGCUCGAGUGAAGAGAGAGCGCUACCUGGUCCAGGAGUAUCUCCAUAACUAUGAGGUGACGAAGCUGAAAGACCAACUCCAAAACGGCUACAACAACCACGAUGACUGUACCUGCACUCCCAUGAUCUAUCCGCAUUUACCCAAACAUGAGGUGCUGCGAGAGCCUCUCUAGCCCAGCGAGCUGCUGCUCAGUCAGCUCCACAGGGAGGGAGGACAUGGUUGAAAUAGAUCGUACCGCUUGAUACUAAGAUACUGACCAUCACUUUGUUGUGGUUCUAUCAAAGAGCUAGAGGCUUCUUCACUGUACAACCAUCCUUGUCCUUCUAAUCUGCUGACAUCCAAAGCGUACACAUGUGAAAGACCAAGUCUCCAUGCAUGCUGAAACUGAGGCAGGUUUAACAUCUCUCAUAAUUGUGUCUUUUUGCUCUCUAUGUUGUAAUCAAAGUGCUGAGGAUAAUCCAAUCUUGCUGUAAGGGAACGAGAGAGGAAUUUGAAUACACUGUGUCUAAGACAGGCGUCAUAUGCUUGUUUGAAUACAAGACUAUUUAUUUAAGUGCCACUAUGAAUAACCAAAGGUUAGAUGCCUUAAUAUAUCACACACUUACUGUAUUAUUGGCUCCAUCUGCCAGUACAAUAGCAGCUGAUAUUAGUGCAAACUGAGAGCUUGCUUUUAUGAGGUUUGGUUAUCUCCCUUAUUUAUAUGCACAGCUGUAUGAAGGUUUCCAGUGCCAUAAACUUUACGUUGAUCAUUUGCUCUUUUUUUUUAGUUAGUGCAACAAAUGUGAGCAUUUUUAUUUACAGCUUUAGGGUCAGAGCACACGCAAUCCUACCAAAUCAUUUUCUGAUAGUCUGGUCACAUUUUGUUUUAACUACGAUUCCUCCUGGCCAAAAUCUGACAUGAAGUUGCUAUAUUUAAAUGAAGACUAAUCUGUGCUGCUGUUUCUAUUGUAAGAAGGACAGAUUGUGUCCCAUAAUGGCCAGUCGCUGAGCAGCACUAUCGACAUUGAUUCCUGUUUCUUGAGAUUAGAAGCUUCGAAAACUCUGAGGAAUUGAAGAGAUCCCUUUUUAAUGUGCGUUUGUUUACCAACACAAGCUAAUCAAAGCCUGACCUGCCCAUUGAACUUUGCUUGCUCCCUCACACAAAGCUCAUCAGCCAUCGCCUCGCUACUCCGUGCUGCUGGUUUUCCUCAGCUGCGUCUGUGUGAAGAGGGAAAGAUACACAUUCUGUUUUUAAUUUUUUGCACAAAGCACUUAAUAAAACCAGACUACCAAGACAUAAAGACAUGUCGGUCUACUUGUUGUCAAGACACUAUGUGUUCAUAAUCAGUGUUUGGAAGCAGCUAUGUUGAUUAUUUUUGUUCAUUAAAAGUGAUAUACUGCAGGGAAGGUGGAGUUCUGAAGUUGAUGUAGCUUUUUGUGUGUACUCAUAUGAAGGACAUGAUGUUUAUGAGGCUGCCUGCAUAGAAAUGUGUGAGAAGUAUCUGUUGAAGAAAUUAAGGUUAAAUAGCUCGCUGUGCUCGAAACUCAGGCAACUAAAUGCAUGUAGACGUGACCAUGUAGCUAAGAGCAAUGUUCAGGUUUCCCUGUCUGUAGCCUGCGCUCAGCCGAAAUGAUGCCUGUUGAUGCCUUAAUCUAUCCAAAACUUUUAUAUAUUGUAUUUUCCUGUUCCUGAACAUCUCCUUUUUUUUUCCCUAUGUCUACUUUUGUUACGCUUUAAUCCUCAUUUUAUAAUUUUACCAUACUUGUAAAAAUGAUGAAUCGGUUUACUGUAUGCUUUGAGUUACAAUCUCAUGUUCUCAUUCUUUAAUUUGUCUUUUUUUUGUAUUUGUCUUGUAUCUAAAUGUGUAUUGUAAACAAAAAUAAUUUCCCACAAAUAAACUACAUCAGUUCAAAGUGA